GCCUGCUCAUUACUCUUGGAUAGAUUCAUGCAUUGCCUGUCAGAGGAUAAGUCUGUAUUCAACCUGCUAUCAUCUCCUCCCUCCCCAGGCUCUGAGUUUCUCAGUACUUGGAUGGGAGGCACACAAGAAGGCUCCGUGGAUGGCUGGACCAAUGCUGGUGGGUCCGAGAGAUCCCUUGAUGGCCUGACCAGAGCCGCCUCUAGCUCUUCACCCACGGCAGGGCACCACAUGGGCAGCAGGCGCCAAGGGGAGCCGGCCUCAGGCACUAGGAAGGUGCUGCAGUUUGGCCGGGAGGAAUUAAACGCCUCUGACAGAAGGGAGGAAUCCUGGCUGCUCCCUGGCUUUGGCCGUUCCACUCUGCAGCAGCUGAAGGAGGAUGUGCUGGGGACGAGGGCUGGCAUGGAUUGCUUCAAGGAGUUUCUCCAUGGUACCCUGGGGAUCCACCUCCUUCACUUCUGGAUGGACUGUGAGGAUGUCAUGGAGCGCACCUCCAAGUGCUUAGAGGCCAGUGCUGCCGAGCGGGAAGCUCAGAUCCUCUGUGUCAGCCUCUGCCGGAACAUUCAAGACAAAUACAAGCUGAGCAUGUCUCUGGCCUCCCAGGAGCCGAUGUGCGAGGCUCAGGGCGGCGUCGAGGCAACUUUCAGUGCCUUCAGCAGGAGCCAGUACGAUGCUCUGAGACGCCUGCGCGCCUACUGGGUUCCCAGGUUUCUCCUCCAUCACCAGAGAACUAGAUACCUCAGGACUGUCCCCACCUCAGGCUCCCAGACCAAGCCUAGGCCGCCCAUGAACACUGACUUCCUGCCUUCGCUCAAGGUGUUUGCGUCGCUUCCUGUUGUGGGUGAUGGCUGCAUGAGCCACACGAAUAGAAGCGCAGACUGGUUCAGCCUGCCGCACUCUGGUGCAAGCUGGCGAGGCAGGAUUGUGUCAGCUCGGCAGCCAGACCUCUCAUGGAAUCUCCCUGACACACCGCUGACCUCCCACCUCCUCCAAGCACUAAUGUGUGAUCCUGGGGCUGGGGGGAGCUUUCUUCACUACCUGACCAGGUUUGAGGAUACUCAGAAGGUCCAUAACCUCCAGUUGUGGCAAGCGCUGGAGGAGCACCAGGCCACUUGGGAGUGGCAGGCAGACCGGCUCAAGCCCCACCGCUCAGCCUGGCAGAUCUUCCACAAGUACUUGGUGCAUGGUGCGCCAUGUGAUGUUGGACUCAGCUCCGAUAUGCCACAUUACAUCCAGCAUCUCCAGGAGAUGCUCAGCUUCAGCAACCAACCUCUGGAGCCUUUGGCCUUGGAGCCAGUGGCUCAGCACGUGCUCGCUGUUCUCUGUGAGGCCUGGCUCCGCUACCUCCGCUAUGAGAUAGCCACCUUCCUGGAGUACUGCAUCCCAGUCUCUUACCUGGAAGUGCAGGAUGUCAGGAGCAAAGACAAUAGAAUAAAGCAGAGAAGAGACAGGGCCAGGAAGAGGAAGGAAAAUACCGGCUUUCAUGCCCAGGAAGGCAGAAAGCAGCAGAGGAGGCACCGAAAGAAAGCAGCAGCUGAGCCCCAGGGCUCAGGCCAUGCCGGCCUGGCAAGUGGGGAAGGGUCAGUGACACCCCAGCGUGCCCUGAACCUGCUCAACAACAAGGUGGUUUUCAAAGCCUAUAGAAAGGCAGCUCAGGAAAUGCAAGAUGCAGGGCUCCAGAGGGUGCUGGGGCUGUUGGAGAAGCUGGAGCGGUGCCAGGCAGCCCCAGAGGGCAGGAAGCGGCUGAGCUGUGUGCUGAAGUUCCUGGACCUCUGGGACCAGCAAGGGGCUGGGCCACUGAGCCCUCGCCUCCCCAGGGAGCUGAGGAAGAGACUGAGGGCAGAGGUGGGCCAGGGAAGAGUAAGCGACUUGAGCAUAGAAGAAAUCCAAGCUGCCUUGUAUGCGCACAUUGCUCCGGCCUUCGAGAGCUUCUGGGCUGAGGUGAGUGAGGGGCUGGGCAGGCACGGAGUGCAGCCCUCCCAGAUCCAAGACGAGGGCUGGCCCAAGCUUCAGCCACUCCUGCAUUUGCUGGCUGCCAAGGUGGCCCUCAAGCGUCUAAGGAACAGGAAAGCCGCGGUGGGGUCAGCAGCUACAGCCCAGCCCAGCCAGGAAGACAAAGCCGCCUUCUGCCAAUUCCUCAGGACUGCUGCCGAAGGCUGGCCCACCCUGGAGAUGCUGCACUUCCUCAAACACCUGCAGGUCCAUGGCCCCCCUGUGCUGGAGCACGGCCUGCACUUCCAGCUGGAGGUGCAGAAGUUCAAGAACGCCCAUCACGCCAUGCCGGACAGGGCUCUCCUGAGGAAGAAGGUGCAGGUGAUCCGCAACUGCUUCCUUGUCUCCCAGCUGGAGCCCCGGCUGCAGGUGGUGGUGGAUGCUGAGAAGUUGGGGAGAGCUCUCCGGGCGGCUGAGCAGGCUCUCCAGCAGGAUGCCCCUGCACCACCUCCCGGCCUGUUUGAUGAGCUGAGGGACUCCGUCUUCAGCACCCUACUGCCGUACUGGGCUGGGUUCCGAAAGGCCUGGCUGAAGCGGUCGCUUGAGAGUGCCCAGAGAGCCCCGGGUACGUUCAUCACCCUGAGCCCCUGUCUGACGGCAGAGCCCACCCCUUCUCUGGAGAAUCCGAGGAUCAGGAGAUGGCAGGGAUUUUGCAGCUGCUCCAGGAGGGUUCCCUGCUGUGGGAGCUGGGCAGCACACUUCAAGCAAGAGAGGCUGAAGGGGCAUGUGGAGACAGUUGUGUGCUUACAUUUGCAAGUGCAAUACCCAUGCUCAAGGAACAGCAUGUGCAGGCCUGGCUCUCACAAAGGCCCAUGGCCAAUUGAAAAAAAUGACCCGUGGCUCACAUGAAGCCUUCCUCAUUCCUCUUGGGAAAAUAAUGCCAGAGCCCAGUAGCUUACCCUGGCAGGAGUGAUGCCACCAGAAUGGUCCGUUUGCUUUAUUGCAUCCCACUGCUGCUAGCUAGACUUUCCUGCUCUGUGUGUGACUCGUCUCUGAGCUCCCUCCAGCCUGUCACCACCUUGAGCUGCCCAGAGCUGAGGCAAGAUGUAAAGGACCUUUGAUCUCUCAUUGGGUGGGGCAGGUCACUUCCUAGUGAAUGGCCAGACCUUUCCGUCCUCCUGGUUUCCAUUCUCUGGGCAGGGAGGGGUGUUUUUCACCUAGUUUAUCUCCAGCCCAUGGUGCAGCUCUGGCCCCAGGAACGGGCACCCCCAAGGCUCAUCUUUGUGUGGCUCUUGUCCCCUGUGCGGACCGAUAACACACUGAGGCUAGUAGGGCCUUUCACCCCCAGCAAUUGCAGAAGGGUGGUCCUGCCGUCAGGGAUGAAUUCCCCAUGGGACUGCCUUGUAGAAUGGAGUAUUUAUUGCCCCAACAGGCUUUUACCACCAGUUCCUGUCUCGUGCAGGCUAAGUGCCUGCUCUACCCACACCAGUAAACAUCUGCAGGGACGAUGCUGUGCUGAGAGACUUCUCCUCCACGCUGGCCAGGUGCUCC